UGGAAUUGCUCACAACUGUUUUAUCACAUAACUAUAUACUUUAGAUUUUUAAAGAAAGAUGGCUUGGUUGUCAUGGUUCUGCCUCCUCUUCCUGCUCUCUACUACUUGUCAAUUCGACUCUACUUGUUCAUCAUCCUCUAACUCUUCCUCUUCUCUUUCUUCAGGGCAUUUAUGCCAUCCUGAAGACAGCUCUGCUUUGCUUCAAUUCAAGAACUCCUUUUCUAUUAGUAAUGCUCCUUAUUACUCCUAUUCUAAUAGGACAAUUUCUUGGCAGAAAGGCGAGGAUUGUUGCGCAUGGAGUGGAGUCACUUGUGAAAAGAUGACUGGUCAUGUGAUCGGUCUCAACCUUGGUUUUGGUGGGCUUCAAGGCAAUAUCCAUUCCAAUAGCAGCUUAUUCUUUCUUCACCAUCUCAAGAGGCUAAACCUCUCUUAUAACGAUUUCAGUGGUUCCCCAAUUUCCUCCAAGUUUGGUGGUUUUGUAAGUAUGACUCACCUUGACCUCUCUUACUCCAAUUUCAAUGGCCCAAUCCCUUCCGAAAUUUCCCACCUUUCCACCUUGGUUUCACUCAAUCUCUCGCAAUAUACAUCUCCAUUUGUGACACAUGUUGAUACUCUUAGCUUGAACAGAAUUGUUCAAAACCUGACCAAUCUUAGGGAGCUUCAUUUGGCCUAUGUUGAUAUGUCAUCAGUUGUACUCGAUUCCUUCAAGAAUAUUUCUUCUUCUUUGAAAACUCUUGAACUCUCUAAUUGCGACUUGCAAGGAAAAUUCCCAGAAAUCAUUUUCCACCUACCAAAUCUUCGACUCUUAGAUUUAAACAAUAACUAUUACCUCACAGGUUAUUUCCCCAAGUCUAACUGGAGCGGUCCGCUCGAGAUGUUGGAUCUCUCUCAUACUAGAAUCUCUGUAGAUUGGCGUCAUCUGGCAAGAAAUUUCAAGUCUUUGAGAGAUUUGUCUCUCAGCGGUUGCAAUUUUGCAGGAUCAUAUCUUGCAUUUCUUGGUAACCACACACAAAUCCAGGUGUUGGACCUCUCGUAUAACAGUUUUGGUGGCCAAAUCCCAUGGUCGUUCUUUUUAAACCUUGAGAGCCUCGUUGAGUUGGAUCUUAGUGGCAACAAUUAUGUCGGUCAGUUUCCAGAAGUUGAUAGCAACUCGACAGGGAUCGCUUCUUUGUAUGAUUUUUCAAAACAACAACUGGUGGGUCCUAUUCCUCAACACUUAGCCUUCCUCCAUUUAUAUGAGAACCAACUCAACGGAACAAUACCAUCUUGGUUAGGUAGUUUGCCAUCAUUGAAGAGCUUAAACCUCGGAAGUAACCAACUCAGCGGUAAUAUCAUUGAGUUCCAAUUUCGUUCUUUGAAAUACCUUUGUUUACAAGAUAACAAGCUGCAUGGCCUAAUUCCGAGAUCAAUCUUUGAACUUGAGAACCUCACGGUCCUUGCACUAUCAUCCAACCAACUCAGCGGUAAUAUCAUUGAGUUCCAAUCUCGUUCUUUGAUAGUGCUUACUUUAGAUGAUAACAAGCUGGAUGGCCAGAUUCCAAGAUCAAUCUUUGAAUUUGAGAACCUUUCGGACCUUGAUCUAUCAUCCAAUAACUUGGGUGGAAAUUUGGAGUUCGAAAAGUUUUCAAAACUCCAAAGUCUUCUUCAGCUUAAUCUUUCCUUUAAUCAUCUAUCCUUGAGCUUCAACCAUUUGAGUAACAACACCUGGCCUCAACUUAAGUUACUAGAUUUGUCGUCUUGUAACAUAAGUGAGUUCCCAUACUUUCUCAGAGCCUUACAAAAUUUGGAUUUUGUAUCCCUUGCCCACAACCGAAUCCAAGCCGACAUUCCCGAAUGGUUGUUGGAUUGGGGGAAAGAUUCAUUGGAGUUUUUGGAUCUUUCUCACAACUCUUUUACUGGCACUGUAGGACAACUUCGGUGGAAAAUACUUAUGUAUCUUGACCUUCGUAACAAUUCUCUCCAAGGAGAGCUUCCAAUUCCAUCACCUUCCACAUCUUUCUUUUUCAUAUCAAACAAUCAAUUCACUGGAGAGAUACCUCCAACAAUCUGCAGCCUGAGUAGCCUUCAAAUCCUUGAUUUGUCCAAUAAUAAAUUGAGUGGCAAAAUUCAUGAAUGCAUAGGGAAUUUCAGUCAGAGCCUAUCUGUUUUGGAUCUACGGAAUAAUAAAUUUCAUGGUGUGAUUCCUGGAACAUUUUCUAAGGGAAACGUUUUGAGAAGUCUUAAUCUCCAUGGAAAUCAGUUGGAAGGGUCGUUGCCGCCAUCUUUACUCACAUGUAUAGAGUUGGAAGUUCUAGACCUUGGAAACAACAAAAUUCAAGAUACAUUCCCAAAUUGGCUAGAGUCUCUUCCGAAGUUGCAAGUUCUCAUCUUGAGGUCUAACAAAUUCCACGGUGACAUAGGCAAUCCGAAGACUAAGUUUCCAUUCCAAAGAUUGCGUAUCAUGGACCUCUCCUGCAAUCGGUUUGGCGGCUUCUUGCCAACAAAAUAUUUUGAACAUUUGACAGCCAUGAUAAACUCGCAAGAACAUGGACUGAAAUAUAUGGGAGACGGCUACUAUCAGGAUACUGUGGUAGUGACAAUUAAAGGCAUCGAAUUGAAAAUGGAGAAGAUCCUGACGUUCUUCACAACUAUUGAUUUCUCAAACAACACUUUCAGAGGAGAGAUUUCAAGUGUAAUCAGUAAGCUUAAAUCAUUAAAGGGGCUUAACUUUUCUCAUAAUGAGCUUACAGGUAAAAUUCCACCAUCAUUUGGCGAAAUGAGCAAUCUUGAAUGGUUAGAUCUAUCUUCAAACAAACUUGUUGGUGAUAUUCCGGAGCAAUUGGCAAAUUUGACGUCACUAUCAAAGUUCAAUGUUUCAAAAAAUCAACUUGUGGGGCCCAUACCUCACGGCAAGCAAUUUGAUACAUUUGAAAAUGAUUCAUAUAGAGAAAAUACAGGAUUGUGUGGAUUCCCACUUUCUAAAACAUGCAGUGCACAUCAAUCACCGUCAUCGUCAUUCCAACAAGAGGAUGAUUUGGAGCAUGGGAAUGGUUUUGAUUGGAAGGUAGUGUUGAUGGGGUAUGCAUCUGGUGUGGUAAUUGGAAUAUCUAUGGAAUAUCUUGUACUCUCUAAUGGAACACCAAAUUGGCUUGUUAAAGUGGUAGGAAGAAAGCGACGCCGUAGAACUGUGGAAAUCACACAGCGACGUGCUUGAAGAAACCAUUACAAAAGUUUAUGUAUUUUCAUAUUGUAUUUUUAUGAAUAUUGUAUUAUGUCAAAGCGCCAAUAAAUAUGCAUGAAUUUGAAAAGAGGAUUAGAAUAAUUGCUCGUGCAUCUUGUAAUUUGUCAAACACAAUCGACAAAUCAAUUCAAUCAAUACA